AUGGGUUGCGUAAGCCACAACACCUACUGGUGCCCCACCGUGUGCUCCCCUCUCCCAAGCUGUGUCUCAAUUCAGGGGCUGCAUCCUUCGGAGGACACAGCCAACGCGGUCUGCAGAGGAAGAGGAGAAGCGCUGCCGUCAUGGCCGGCGGCUGGUGUAUCUCCGGCUAGAGGGACCAGACACCUGUACUGCAGGAUAAACCUGGCGGUUCCUGUGCUCCAGAGGUUUUUCGGCCAGGGGGAUACCAGACCUGACUUCAGGCUGAGCAAAGAGUCUCUGGCAGUGCUGCUGGACCUCCUCCAACAGGAGCGGAGACAUGGAUGGGGUGCCACAAUCGAGACCUUGGUGUUCCUCUUCUGGCUGGCAAGUGGGGCAUCAUACAGGGUGGUCUCGAGGGUGUUCGGGAUACCUCGCUCCACUGUCCACCGCAUCGUCCAUCGAGUUACUGCGGAGGUGGUGGCCGUUCGCCACAAGGUCAUCUGCCUCCCAAAGACCGCAGAAGAUCUGGCGGCAGUAACUCAUGGGUUUGCAGGGCUGGCAAGACAGGCAGCCUUCGGGAAAGCUGCAGGAGCAAUCGACGGCUGCCAUGUCAGGAUCAAGCCACCAAGUGGCCCUGAUGGUCACUGUUACAAGAACAGAAAACUGUUUUACUCAAUAAUACUUCAGGCAGUUUGUGACCAUCAGGGCUGCUUUAUCGACACGUACGUGGGCUGGCCGGGGUCGGUGCACGACUCCAGGGUACUCCGGCACAGCCCACUGUACAGGCGGGCGAUCUACCCUCCUCCAGGGCACUUCAUCCUCGCAGAUGGUGGGUACCCCUGCCUCCAACGACCACUCCCCCUCAUCACUCCCUACAAGCGGCCGGUGCAAGUGACAUGGCAGCCGUCGAUCAAGUCAGCCCUGCAAACCCAGUUGAUGGACGAUGUGGUGGACAGUGGAGGCAUGCACCUCCAAACGAUGUCCCACUGACAGACAGAAGACACCAGGGUCUUUAUUGUGGCAUCCUAUCCAGCCCAGCAGCACUGCCAGGGACUCCUGCUCAGCUAAUAACUGUACAUAUUUC